AUGGAGAAACCUCAGAAGAUCGUUGUUGUUGGUGCCGGUCCCGUUGGCUCUCUGGCUGCAUUGUAUGCUGCUCAACGAGGACAUGAGGUUGAAGUUUAUGAGUUGCGACCUGAGGCGCAUUCACUGACUGGUCUAGACCUCCGGGAUCCCAGUACUAUCCCGCUCAACUUCACCAAGUCCAUCAACCUUGCCAUCUCUGAGCGCGGAAUCAAUGCUAUGCGCCAUGCUGGUCAGCCAGGGCUCCUCGACAAUGUCAUGUCAACGACUAUUCCCAUGAAAGGGCGCAUGAUUCAUGGGAGGAGCCCGACCGGAUCUCUUUUUGAGCAGUCUCAAGACUACGAUGUCAAAGGAAGGGCAAUCCAUGCCAUUGAUCGAGCAGGUCUGAACAAGCGGCUGCUCGAUACCCUGGAUAACAUGCCCAAUGUCAAACUCUUCUUCAACCACAAGCUCACAGGUGCAGACUAUCGCGCUUGCAAAGCCUGGUUCGAGGUGACCGAUGGAAAAUCGUCCGAAGAGUCUCGUUACAGAGAGAUUGAUAUCUCAUUCGAUCUCAUGAUUGGCGCUGAUGGCGCCCAUUCUGCUGUUCGCUACCACCUCAUGAAGUUUACCCGGAUGAACUACCAACAAGAGUACAUUGAUACUCUGUGGUGCGAGUUCCAUCUGAAGCCUGUUCAAACAGACAACACAGCCGAUCCAAUGGCCAAGUUCCGGAUAUCGCCUAAUCACCUGCAUAUUUGGCCUGGCAAGGAUUUCAUGUUUAUUGCUAUUCCCAGUGAUGACGGCUCUUUCACAUGCACACUCUUCAUGCCAAGCAAGGAUUUCUCAGACCUCGAGAACAACCCAGCCAGCGUGCCGUCCUUUUUCGAUAGCCACUUUCCUGGCGUCACUGAUUUAAUACCCGGCGAUGAGCUGAUUGAAUCCUUCAACACAAACCCUCAUCUGCCGCUCAUUAGUCUCAAGUGCAAGCCCUAUCACUAUGGUUCUUCUUGUGUCAUCGUUGGCGACGCUGCUCAUGCCAUGGUGCCUUUCUAUGGCCAGGGCAUGAAUGCUGGCAUGGAGGAUGUCCGGAUUCUCUUUUCCAUCUUAGACAAGCAUAGCCAUAUUGGCGAAUCCAAUGAUCCUUCUAGCGACUCGUCCUCUGAAUCAGGACCCGCCUUCCAGCGAUCACUUGCAUUAGCAGAAUACUCAGCCGUCCGUCCGCCCGAUGCCCAUGCGAUCAACGAUCUUGCAUUGCAGAACUAUGUCGAGAUGCGAUCCUCUGUCCUAUCUAAGCGCUAUAGGUUGCGGAAGUAUCUCGAGGAGUGGAUGAGCGUGUACUUCCCGCGACUAGGUUGGCAGACGAAGUAUUCCCGCAAGAUCGAACCGACGAUUAUCACCCAAUCCAUCCUCGAUCGAAUCACAGCCGCACAUUCGGCCGAACCGCCCAUCAUGCCCUCCAUCACCAACAUCGCGAACAUGUGUUCGCAUCUCCAGAACGCCUCCAAAGCUCGUCUUGGAAUAACAUCUGUCAAGAACUGCAAAUACAACCUGCAACUCGCCCUUGCUAUGCACCGAUCAGGUUUCUUCUCUUCCGUCUACCGCGCUGGCCCUCAUCCUCCUACACUGGAAGAGAUGGUUAGCAAGGAGCCCCAGGUUGUCACAAGUAAAAACGUCGCCACGAUGCGCCUGUGGUUGGGUCUCAAGUACUGGGAUGGUCAGCCUGUCCUCGGCAAAGCCAAUGCCAUCAGCACACCGAAGCGUCUUAUGACGGCCAAUAUCCAGGAGCUCGCCAGACUUUCAAGAGGAUUUCCAACAAAGGUUUCUGGUGGUGUUGUGCCGGGUCUAAAUCUUGGAGAAUGUCUGUUUGUGUCAACGUCUCAGGGUGUUUUGGAGGUGCGAGAGGCUCUUGCGAAGAAGCAAGGAGGUCUGUUGGUGUGCAGGGUGUCAUGA